GUCUCGAAUGGGAGGAAAGGUAUGCCGCAAAGGAGAAGGAUUACCAGAACAUCGUGGAAGCUUACAAGAACGUCAGCGGCCACGACACUGGCGGAGUAGAGGCGAGACCGCUCACGCCACGGCCCUUCUGGUCUCACUGCCGAGGCGUUCUGGACCCAGAUGCCCUGCGGACCAUGCAGCAGAGCGAGCUGCUGCAGGACCUGGUCGUGCGGGUCUUGUCCACAGCCAGGCAGGUCCUGGCUGCAUACGGUCUCCACAGUGCGGCUCAGAAGUCACUGGUCUUCGCGAAGUUUGCCAAGCAUCCGACCACCGUGCCUUUGGUCUCCGAGGCUUCCCUGUCUGUGGGUGACAGGCAGAAGACCCCGCAGCAGGGCCCAGACGAGGGCGGCAAGGACGAGCAAGGCCUUCGCCGACGGAAUUCCUUCACACAGGAUCCGAGAGUAGAGCGCCCCAUGGCGACCGUUUCCUUGCAGCUGCAGAACCAGUUUUCCGGUCCCACGGUUCCACGCCGACUGCAUGAGUCGUUACCGGCUGCUCUCGACAAGCGGCUCAGCCCCGACGAGUACCAGGCACUUAAGGAGCGCGUGGACAAGGAGCUGUUACCCAUUGCAGAAGCUGCCCGAGGCAUGCGGCCUUUGGGAUACCUGCUUUGUGGAGUGCAGCUGUUGAACGUGCUGAUUCUUGGUAUACUGGUGUGCCUUGAUGUGUUCCUCCUGGACGAGGUAAGCCUCUAUGUGGCGGAAGGCAUCUUGGCCGUUGUGGUCACAAGCAUCGUCGUGCUGGGCAUCCUCUGGUUCUACCGCCGUCUGAGUAGAGUCGUCUACGAGGCGGAGACUGCCCUUCGCGUUGCCUUGGCAGAGGAGUGCGCCAAGAUGCCGCUGACGCUACAAUUGAGUGUCCAACCUCGUGCCUGGCAUCUGCCGAUCUUUGACAUCUCGGUGGUUUUCGGGGAAAAGGUCGCUGCAAGUGUGCCC